AAAGUCUGUUUUAAUUACCGUGACUAAAGGUUGAAUUUUACAGUUUUACGGUGGUAAAAGCAGAGAAGAAAGCGACUUUUCUACCACAAACAAACAAAAAAAAAAACAAUACGGAAUCGUUAAAACGGCCUCUGGCUCGCUUUUUUUAUUUAUUUAUUUAAUUUAAAUAUAUUUGCUUCUUUAAGCUUUAGCAUGAAGGAGUGAGUGAAGCGAUAAUAUGGACGUUUAUCCGGCGGAGAACGAAGGCGGUGGCUACGAUCGAGCUCUUCCGGCAGACGAAACUGACAAAGACGACGAGGACGACGGAGGAGAUUUGUGCCGGAUAUGCCGAUCACCGGAAGGACCAGACGAUCCGUUGAGGUUUCCGUGCGCGUGUAGAGGAUCCAUGAAGUACGUUCACCAGGGAUGUCUCCGUGUCUGGCUCAACCGCCGUGGAUACAAGCAGUGCGAGGUAUGCAAGCGUAGCUACUCGUUCGUCCCUGUUUACUCUGAGAACGCACCAGAGAGGCUUCCAUGGCACGAGUUUCUCAGAGGACUGUCGCUGAGGGCACUACGCGUCGCUGCUUACGUUUUCGUGAUUCUCUUCAACGCCUUUUGUUUUUCCUUGCACCCUUGGGGAAAAAGUAGUGCGGUUGAGAACCAGAGAGUUUUCCGUGUUUCUGAGAAAUUUGCUUUUCUCUUGGCUGGCUUCUUGUACGAUGGUUUGAUCGCGUAUCUUAUGACCAUGACGGCGGUUCUAAAGCUUAUGGCUGAAGAUAUCUUACGUUUUCACCGUCAGAUCCAUGGAGAGAACGAACAAGGAGGAGGAGGAGGAGGAGGAGGAGGAGGAGGAGGAGUUGCGUGUGUGAUUUGGAAAUCUAUGGGGAUUCUGUGUGAUUGGUGGCAUGAUUUUCUCACACGCUGUGGGUUCUUCCACGCCAUUUUCGUUGAACGUCUUGAAGAAAUGAUUCGUCCUCGAAACCCACAGCUUCGUGAAUUUGGAGCAAUCAGAAGGUUUCUUUUCCUUCUCGAUGAUAAUGCAUUUGCUGUUCUUGCCAUCAGCUUCUAUGUCUCUUUCUUCUUUGUUCUUCUUCCAUUUGUGAUGGGGAGACUUGUCAUCGCAGUCCUACUUCUUUCCCAACGUAUGGGGGUAGCUACGCAGUUUCUUUCAGGAGACUCACUUCCACAAGAACCGGUCGUUUUUGGGUAUUGGACUGUGUUGUCACUUUCCUUGGCUUAUCUUGCAAGUUUUUCUACUCUGAGUCGAGCCAUUGCAACAAAAUUAUCACUGGGAUUUCUCAUAGUAGCAGUGGCACUCCCAUACCUCUUAUGGAUUUUUUCAGCGAAAGUGUGGAAAAAUCUUUAUGUGGUUAAACUUAAAGAUGGUUUCGUCUUGGGUUUGAAGUUUGGUGUGUUACCUUUGGUACUAGGCUGCUGGUUAGAUUUUUGCAUACUCCCUAUAUUUGGAACUACAGUUUCCUGGAGGCUUGAGCUCGUUUCAGAAUUUCCCUUCGUGAUGAUCCUACAUUGGAUGUUUGGACAAAUUUGCUUGCUAUUAUUUUACAACUCCAUUGAGCUUAUCCAGAAGAUUUUGCAGAAACGACCCUUUUGGUUUCUACUAGACGUUACUGAUCCCAGCUACAAGAUCACUAAACUGUACCUUGGCCAAUUUCUCUUUGCGUUGGCUUUCCAUACAUCAUUGAUGGUGAUUUUGGUUCACUUGCCAAUAAUGACUAUCUCUUUCAUCAGCACCUCUUUUUUCCCGCUCCAAUUCUGGAUCUAUGAAGAAAGGAUUAUGUUUCUCUCGAUGGCUGCUUAUGUAUCGUUAGCGAGAAUAAGAGUUAUCGAGUGGUUAGUCGAGCUUAUUAAACCAGCUGUAGAACCCAUAGUUCACAAGUGGAUUAUCACUGUUAGUUCCUGGCUCCAGUUGAGCGACUUCUUUCUCGGAAACCAAGCAAACCAGAAUGUGAGACCGUUGUUGCAACAAGAGCUGGAGGUUCGUGAUAGUUGGUCUCUACUGAUUCCCAUAGCUGAAGGGUCUCUAGUCAGAUUCUAUGGAUCUCAGAACGAUGUCACUUCUGAAGAGGAUAUUGACGACGAUAGGUUUAUAACACUGAGGAUCGGAUUGAUGUUAGUUCUAGCUGCUUUGAGCCUGUUUCUCAUUAGUACAAUCUCCAUGGCGUUGCCAAUUCUGGUGGGAAGGACUUUCUUCCACUCUAUCUCUUUCAUCAUGAUAAAGUUGGGACUCAAACACGACGAUCUUUAUGGGUUCUGGAUUGGAUGCUAUAUUCUGCGAGUAAUCUAUAUUGGGACUUGCUUCACAAUUAAUCAUAUCAUGAUUAGAAGAACCGAUUUGCUUCUCAGCCUUGUUCUGUUGUGGAUACGGAAUGCUUUACUGUUCUCCAUCUGGGUCUCCUUCACACCAAUGUUGCUUGGUCUCCUUAUCGAUCUUAUGAUCGUCAUCCCAACAAAAGUGCCCCUAAGCAAACCCCCUGUUUAUUCAUUGCUUCGAGAUUGGUUGAUCGGCUUAGUUGUUCUUCACAUCUGGACCUAUCUAACCAUGUUCACACGUGUCAAAUGUUUCGCAACUGUGGCGUGGCGGGAGAAGCUCGAGAGAAUCAGAAGUGUCGGAAUCAACACGCUCCCAUGGACGUGGCUGCUUGGAAACGUCAUUUGUCCGAUCAUAGGAACUCUUCUAACCACUCUUGCGUUCCCUUUCUGGGUGGCGAACUCUCUAUUCCCAUUGCUUCAGUUUUCUGGUGAAGUCGACCUAGCCGUGCAGAGAUUCAUAUGGCCGGUGUUAUUAGCCAUCAUCAUCAUAGGGGUCGUAGCCAAGCUCACCUUCGAUCUGUUCCAUUACCUUCACCGUGUGGAAUACGAUGAUCGGUAUAUGGUGGGAGACAGAGUGGCUGACUUCAUUGAAGAUCAUGUGUAAGGAAUCAAGACAACUCGAGACUAUGCGGCACUGGACGUAUGUUGUUGGUUGCAUAGACAAGUAGUUUUUUUUAGACUUUCUUAGACUUGCUACGCUCUGCAUCCCUUGAAUCUUGUUACGUAUAUUUCAUCUUCUUUAGCAAUGAUCAGUUUAGAAAAAUAAUAACUCUUUG